UGAUUUACUUGAUGACUUUGAACUGUUUGUCUCUCGUAGAAAAUAUGUUAACAGAGAAGAUUACAAAACUGUUCCAGAGUUCCACCAGUUCAACUCUUUGGGGUCGGGGAUCUCGUUGUCGCCAUAUUUKAUUUUGUUGAUUAGCCAAACAUGGUUGUUGGAGGCGCAUAACGAACAGAACGGCAAGCGUGUGGAGGUGGCUGGAGAAAUUGGACGUGGGAAAAAAUGGCGGAAGCGGAUGAUGAAGUGGAUUCUGAAUCUAAUAGCGGUAGAAUCAAGGACAAUUGGAAUAUUGUCCAAAAGAAAGGAAAAAGGAGCAAAGUAGAGUACAGAGUAGAGAAUGUCACUUCGUAUCUUGUAGGAGUACGGUUUGUAAAUGAGGAGCAGCUGAACGAAUUACCAAUCUUGAGGAAUCCAUUUGAGAUAUCCAAACUGGUGGAGAGAGUGCUGGGAAGAGUGAAGGCUGUGAUGAUCAUUAGAGGCUGGUUUGUUUAGAUUUUUUCUUCUGAGGAACAGAAGAAACGUGUGUUGCGUCUCACCCGAUUUGAUAAGUUUGAAGUGUCCUGUGUGUCUCUUAGGAACAGGGCACAUCUCAAGGGGGUUAUAUCUGGCAUAUCGUAAGUAUAUGUUGAAGAGAUAAAAAAAAUAUUCCAGGAGUAAUUGAUGCACGUCCGAUGAAUCGUAGGCGAAUGAAGAAUCGUAGAUGAAUGAAGAAUCGUAGGUGAAUGAAGAAAAGUGAGUUUAUCUGUUAUUUUGUUUGUUGAUAUGGAGUCUCUCCCUACUCAAGUGUAGUUAKGGUAUAUUAACUACAGUCAGAGCAUUUAUCCCAAGAGCAAUGCAGUGGGGUCUUUGUAAAGCGUUUGGUCAUGUAGCAAGUGUUUGCCGAAAGGAGAAGCAGAGAUGUCCAAGUUGUUGAAAGGAUCAUAUUACACGGGAGCCCAACAUUUUUUAAAGGUUAAGAAGGUGGACUUUGGGACUUUUAUAGUUAUGGUAAUUAAUGGCACUGCCAAGGUGGAGAGAAGGUCCAUGAAGAUAUAAAUCAUAGUGAUUGCGGCGGUUCCUGSGGCUGAAAGAUUUCUCAGCGAAAGAGUUAUGCAAUAUUGGCACAAGCCGUACCACCCUCUCAGGUCCUAGAGCCUGAUAAGGGAGAUAUGGAGAACUAAAAGAAGGAAGAAGUGGGAGUUUUGUUUGUUUUGGCAAUGUACUCUUUUUAAUACGAUGGAUUAAAUUAUGUUUCACUAUUACGUAUGGAUACAAAUAUAUAUAUAUAAAUAAAAAUGUCGGUUUCAAACUGUCCAGUUGGUGGCGACAAUACACCUUUUUGGGUUGUUGUCCGCCAUAAAACCCACAGAAGAAGAAGGAGGCGCAUGACACUGACAGCCUUCUCUUGUCAGGAAAGCUUGAAAUCCAGCUCCAACAGCUAAAAAGACAGACGUCAGACGUCGAUCGCCUCAUUCACUGGACAGGAGUUUGUCGUCUAACGUUAACAUGGAGGAAGACAAUCAAGAUGCCUUUGACAGAGCCAGGCUGCAGGUGAUCAAAGACGGCUAUGAGAAGGCCUUUGAGUGCAUUAACAGGGGCUUGACCGAGGAUGAAGCUGGCCACAAGGCCCAGGCCCUGGCCCAGUACAGACAGGGACGCCAGCACCUCCUCAGGGCCAUCAGUGUGCCCUCACAGGGGCACGAGUGUGUGGGGUGCUCCUGGGAGUCAGCCCGCCAGAUGCAGCACAAGAUGCAGGAGACUCUGAACAACAUCACCACUCGAUUGGCGGUCCUAGAGACCAGCCCAGACCCUGAGCUCCCACCACCUCUAGAUGCCUCUAAUGGAAUCCGUGGGACAGCAUCUAACUCUAACCUUUACCCCAAACUGGAGAAGGAGAAACCAGAGYGGCCAUCUCCACCCAAGCUACUAAUGACUAACUGCCAGGCUGGAGCUGUGGGAGGCAUUGUGUCUCCCUCCCUGCCUAUUUCUCCCACUAGACAGUCUGUGGUGCCUGGCGAGCUGCCCCCAGCCUACUCCUCCCAGGCGGCUGAUGGCCACCUGACUAUCUCCUACGGGACAGAAUCUGGAGAGAUGUCGCUGGUAGGAGAGGAGUUUUACAGCCACAUGUCCCCCUCUCCUCAGAGCCUGGGGGAGGAUGGAGAGGAACUCUUCUUCCUGUCUCACGGGGUACAGAUAUUCUUUGUCACACCUGACGGCCAGGUCAGCGCUCCCUCCUACCCAGGUUACCUGCGGAUGGUCAAGUUCACCAGCCAGCAGUCAGAGAGAGUGCCCAACCGCCCCCCAGCCUUCCUGCAGGUGUGUGAUUGGCUGUACCCUCUGAUGGCCACUGACUCCCCCGUCCUGCUGUGUAACACAGGGGUGUUCAUGUUCCCGGACAUGAUGGCGUCCGCCCCGGGGUCCUACGUGGGCGUUGUGCUGUCCUCUGAACUGCCUGGAGAAGACAGACAACUGUUCCAGGACCUGCUGUCCCAGAUGACAGACCUCAGGGUGCAGGCUCCAAAUGAGGCAGCAGACAGCAUCAACCUGAGCCAGAAGGUGUCCAUCGCUCCCCUCAAGGAAGAAGAGGCCCCAGCAGCAGGAGAGGAGGAGGAGAAGAACCUGCCAGAGUGGAGUGAGAAGGUGGCCAGCGGCAUCCUCACAGGGGCAUCGUGGCUGAGCUGGGGCCUGGUGAAGGGGGCUGAGUUCACUGGCAUAGCCAUCCACAAGGGGGCGUCGAAACUGCGGGAGCACAUCACCCCCGAGGACAAGCCAGCCCAUGUCAGCCCCUCCGUCUCCAAGGGAUUGCAUGUAGCCAAACAGGCCACUGGGGGCGCUGUCCGCGUCAGCCAGUUCCUGGUGGACGGUGUGUGUAUGGUGGCAGGGUGUGUGGGUAAGGAGCUGGCUCCCCAUGUGAAGAAACAUGGAAGCAAGUUGGUCCCGGAGUCCAUGAAGAAAGACAAAGAUGGACGAUCCAACAUCGAUGGAGCCAUGGUGGUGGCUGCCAGCGGAGUUCAAGGCUUCGCUACCAUGUGGACUGGCUUGGAAGUAGCAGCAAAGAACAUCACCGUCUCCGUUGCCUCAGAAACCGUCAACACUGUCAAGCAUAAAUUUAGGGGUCUACAAAACAUCUUAGACCCACCUAAUGACAAGAAGACAUGUAUUCUCUCUUGAAUGAACCCUCCCUAAUAGUAACGCGCAGCAUGGCCAAGGCUUAGCCUCUGUUUCUGGAUGGUCUGAAUGUACAGCUGUUAGAUUCACCUCUACUCUCUAAACAGGCUACUCUUCUAUCCUACUGGACUAUGCACCCGUAAUUCAUCAUGAAGCUUUCUCUGGUUUCUAACUAACCAAUUCUUUUUCCUGACUUCAUUGAAAAUAAUAUAACUAUUUCUAAUUCAUAAUCAUCGUAUGAAUUGAUGCACUUAUUGCAUUUAUGUGUGUUAUAUGUGCAAUCACCAGCCCCACAAUAUAAUCAGUUGUAUAUUUACAGAUGACUGAAUAGUCAGACAACUUGAAUAAUUCUGUUGAAUUCAUGCUCUGCAUGGGUGGUGGCUUUAUUCCUACUUGCAUGUUGUUGCUGUCUUUGCUGUUCCCUAUAAUUGCCCUCACCCCAACCCUCCCUGUGUCACCCCCUCAGCCUUCCCCCUCUCACUAGUUGGUUGUGUGUGAUUGAUUAUAAGGUAUGGGGUGGCAGCCGGCCAGGCCACAGACCAUGCUGUGAACUCAGCCAUUAACAUGGGCGUCACCGCCUUCAACAUUGACAACCUGGGUAUCAAAGCUGCGGUGAAGAAGACUGGCAAACAGACGGCUGUGGCCAUUCUGCAGGACUACCAGCUACAGGACCCUACCACUAACCAGAAACAAGUGGAGAAACGGGACAAAUAGGCCCCAUCCAGGAAUAAGUUUUACGUCCCAAAUGGCUCCCUAUUCCCUAAAUAGUCACUACUUUGGACCAGAGCAAAAUAUAGAGAAUAGGGUGUGUUUUGGGACACAGUCAACCCCUAGCCCCAUGACACUUACUUCUACCCACAGAGCACUGGUGUAGAUAUGAGAGGACUGGAUAGGUGUGAGCAAAACGGCAACUUCUACUUGCCUAGUCUGUCAUAGGGAAAGGCUGAGGUACUACCAUAUUGAUUAAACGUGUCCGUUUUCUUUCAGAUCUACCCUAGUGCCUAGAGGGUAGAGGCUAGGUUUGUGUCCCAAAUGGCACCCUAUUCCCAAUGUAUAGUGCACAAAGGGGAUGAGGUGCUAUUUGGGAUGCACCCAUGUCCUCUUCUCUUUCCUUUUAGAGCCUUAAUUAACACACAAUUUGUAUUCUUCUAUAAAGAAAUCUAUCUAUGUAAAUUAUUUACAAUAAAUAUUUUAUAUUUGCAUACUAGUUGACUAAUAGCCUAUAGAUAUCUUACCAGGGUUUGAUACAACUGUUAAGCACUUGAGUCUUCAUAAUGAAUGGUAUGACAUUAUAAUGUCAUUAAUAUAAUAAUAACUAAGAUGAACAUUGUGUAGGUAGGCUGAUGUAUUAUUGCUAAAUUAUUUGUGUGCAAGACACUGGAAUAGAAUAAGUCACGUAUGUGAUACAAAUAUAAACUGAUAACAAACCUACUGCUGUUGACCUAUUGUAGUAAUACUGUAGUAACAGUAGUAGUAUUACUGCAGUAGUACUGUAGUAACACUGUCCACAUUUCAGUAUAUCUGGAGGCGAAGGUGUAUCUGAGGUGAGGUUGCRCAAUUCCGGUAACAGGAUUUCUGGAAAACCUGGGAAUUUUGAAGAAGUUACUGGAAAUAUGCAUCCCUUAUCUGAAAGUCUGGGGGGGACCCAGCAGCAUGCUAACUAUGUGCUAUAAGAAUACAUGUUUGGGUUCAUUUAAUCAAUGAAAUAAUGUUCAUGUGUGAAACAAGAUGAAUCCAAGCAGGUUGUAUAGCUGUUGAGGGUACUGGAUAAGAUUGAACAAGGUAUACUCUUGUCAUAUGACUUUGUAAUGCAGAGGAAAGAAUCAAUCCAAACGUAGAAGCAGUGGAGUGUUGGAACUGGUUUGAGAAUGAUCCAUGGCUUGCUUAGUAUGCCUUAAUAACCAGUUACUACAUGCUCUAUGCUACUCUAACCAAGCAAGCCCACGCUACUUUCAUCUUGGUUGUACUUGUUAAAGCUGUGAUAUUAAUUUUCUAUGAAAGGAUACUUUUUUUUUUUCAUGUGAUGUAAAGAAGGGGAUAUAUUUUUUUAACUAUGACAUCUGGAAGAAAUGUUUAUGGCAAAAUUACAGCUAUAAAUACAUCAACUGUUUUGGCACAAUCUGUACGUAUGUGGGAAGUUUUGGAGUGUGUGUUUAAGAUUAGUGUCGCUGUACAUGUUAUGUUCUCAACAUACUGUAUUUAACUUGUAAUGCUGUCUACCAUUCAUGAUUGACCUUGGGCUGAUGUUGAUUCAAUAUGAAUUGUCUUCAGUAAUAUUUCCCCUUCAGGGGGCAGACUGUCUUUCUGGUGUGAAUUUGAAAUAUCAUGCAGGCAUUGAAUACACAUCAGCAUUUUCACAAAGUGGUUGUCAUUUUUAUUUUCAAAAUAAUGGCUCUGUGCUUCUGUGGCCCUAUGUGAUCAAAAAGUCACAUGGUCCGACGAUAAACCAAACUUCUGAUAUGUCAUAAAAAGCUAUUGAAGAAUGA